GGUACAACAAAAGGUUAAAACCAAGCGCUCGUAGCUUAGUGGUAAAGGAGGUACAGCUGUACUGCCCGCCACCCGGAUUCGAGUCUUCGCCACAACGGAUUUAACAUCCCUUCUGUUGGAGCGCUGGACCCCUUUCGGGGAUAGUUGGGAAUGUGGCUGUCCCAGAUACCAGAGUUAUCAAAAAAAAAAAAAAACAAAAACAAAAAGUUAAAAAUUAGAAACCAUUGGAAUGGAAUCAGAUUAGGGGUACCUACAAUGGUUUUCUGAGAAAACUUCAGCAAUUAUAAAGAGACUUUGCAAUGAUGCAAAAGGACAUGACGAAUCCUUUGACACCGGCGUUUAGGGUUUUUGCUGUCUGACCGUGCUGUUUUGGCUUUGAAGGCCUCCCGCAAGCUGUUCUAGGCUUAACAUGAUCAUAAAGAGCAGAUCAUCGGGAAGCCAAUAUUACUGAGUUCUGUCUUUUGGUUUAACUGAGAUUUCUCCUUUUGCGGCAAGGGGAUGUUCCAUCUCUGUCUAGGCUGGUGGUUAGCUGCUUGGCUUGUUGUGUCAGUCCCAUUAAGAAGAGCCUCUGUUUAGUCGUUUAUUUUAUUUUUCCACUUCUAGUUAUCUUUGUAUUUUUGUCAAAAAUAAAAAAUUGAUAAUAAUAUCUUAACAUUUUUACCAAAAAAGAAAAAGGUAAAUAAUUAUGUGUUAUAUUGUCUUGUGACCAAGUCAAUAACAGAAUUGUAUUGUCUUGUAACUGAAUAUUUGCGACCUUUUUAUCAAUACAGAAAAGGUUUGUUACUAGAAUUCAAAAUCUGAUUAUACAGUAUGGUCGAACUCGAAACUAUUUUCUCAUUUUAUAGCAUAUGAAUAUAUAUGUCUCGUGUGUUUAUUUUCUUUAGGUAUCACAGAAACACAUUAACUUGGUGUGAUCCUCAGAAGAUGACCUCAUCUUUGUAGGACCUUUUUGUUUUCCUUACUUUUCAGUUCCUAGAGGAAAAGACUUUGGACUUUGACUGCCAGAAACAUAAACUUUUUUAAAAAAGUUACUGAAUAUAAUUUUGAGGUUAAUGACUGUGGGUUAAAACAAAACGCAAGAAGGGAAAGUUUUAAGGGAGUGCUUUUGGCACAGGGAUAUUCAGGUACUAAAACAGGCAUAUUCUGCUUUUGCGUGUCUGUGAAGUCAGUUUGUAACAGCUAUUGUGUCUUUUCUCUCAACAUUCAGUUUGACUAUACAUGGGUGCUUUUUCACAGUUGUUUUUGAAAAUAAAUGAAAAAGGCAAAUUACUUUUGUUAGGGGAUAACGAGGCACACUUUCCUCACUUACAACACCAGAGAGUUUACCAGAGAAACGAAGAGAGAGAUAGUCAAGAGAGCCAAAGAGGAGGUUUUGGGUGAAAGAAAAACAAGUCUGUUGAAGUAGAGAGAUGGGUUGGAACGGUCGGAUUAAGGAAGAAAGGAAGAACCUGAGCUUCUUCAAGAUCUUCCAGAGUGCAGACCUAUCCUCUGAAUGCAUGAGAGCGCUUCCUUACAACUUCAUGCAAAACCUCUCCAAGGAAGACUUCUCAUACAAGAUGGUGAUAAGAGCGGAGUGGGGAAGCUCAUGGGAAGUAGACGUCUCCAAGAACCCGAGGUUCUACUACGUGGAGAAGUCCGGAUGGAACCAGUUCGUGAGCGACAAUGCCUUGGGAGACAACGAGUUCAUCACCUUUACUCACAAAGGGUCAAUGUCCUUCAACGUCAACAUCUACGGGAAGAACGGCAAGGAGAUUGUCACACCGCGAAAACCUCUUACAGCAACUCCUCUGAGUGGCGUGAAGAAAGAAGAAGGUGAGAGAAGCUACAAGGAUGUGAAGAAGGAAGAGGAGACAUGUGAGUCCAUGGAUGGAGUUGAGGUUGAAGAAACUACAAAGAAGGCUUACAAAACAUCCAAGAAGAAGAAGAAGAAGAAGAGCAAGAAAGUGGUUACUCAUGUGGAAGUUGGUGAAUCAUCGAGAGGCAGGAAGAAGAAAGCUGAGAAGCUCAAAACACUCAAGAAGAAGAAGAUCAAGACAGUGAAGAAAGGUGUUCCAGAGUUCGAAAUCACCAUAAGGAAGUCAUACCUCAAGUUCCUGUUACUUCCGAGGGUGUUUGAGGAGGAGCAUAUCCCUGGUGAGUCUAUGGAGUACACGAUCCAUCACUCGGAGAUGAAGUGUUCGUGGAAUGUGCUCUGCUUGGUGAGGGAGAAUCGGACAGUCUUCUCAAGUGGAUGGAGUCGAUUAGCACGUGAGUUUCCUUUGAAGGUGGGUGACAGGUGUACCUUCAAGCUCAUCAAACCAACAGAGUUUGUCCUCAUCACCAAGAAGAGUAGAAAGGAGAUCACUGUGAUUGGCUGAUGAAAGAAUAUUUUAGUGUCUUGCUUUUGCUUAUAUCUAUGGAGACAAUAUAUGAUAUCACUUUAGCUAAUGUGUUGUUGUGUUUCUGUGUCCGCUGCUGUUUAUUUCCCAUGAAACUUAUAUAACUUAUCUGUUUAUGAUAUUAGUAUUGAGACUUGCUUGCUUAAUCUUGUUUAUGCAAAUUAAUCUUUGAGA